AUGGCAGAACAGCCACAAAAGGCGCAGCUCCGGCCGAGGGAGGUGGUGGACCUGUACAAUGGAAUGUGCUUACAAGGGCCAGCUGGGGUGCCUGGUCGAGAUGGGAGCCCUGGGGCCAAUGGCAUCCCUGGUACCCCUGGCAUCCCCGGUCGGGAUGGAUUCAAAGGAGAAAAGGGGGAAUGCCUGAGGGAAAGCUUUGAGGAGUCUUGGACACCCAACUACAAGCAGUGUUCAUGGAGUUCCCUCAAUUAUGGCAUAGAUCUUGGAAAAAUUGCAGAAUGUACAUUUACAAAGAUGCGUUCCAACAGUGCUCUAAGAGUUUUGUUCAGUGGAUCACUUCGGCUAAAAUGCAGAAAUGCAUGCUGUCAGCGUUGGUAUUUCACAUUCAAUGGAGCUGAAUGUUCAGGGCCUCUUCCCAUUGAAGCCAUAAUUUAUUUGGACCAAGGAAGCCCCGAACUGAAUUCAACAAUUAAUAUUCAUCGCACUUCUUCUGUGGAAGGACUUUGUGAAGGAAUUGGUGCUGGAUUAGUGGAUGUUGCUAUCUGGGUUGGAACUUGUUCAGAUUAUCCAAAAGGAGAUGCUUCUACUGGAUGGAAUUCAGUGUCUCGCAUCAUUAUUGAAGAAUUACCAAAAUAAAUCCUUUACUUUUCAUUUCCUACCUCUUUUUUUAUUAUACCUUUGAAUGGUUCAUUUAAAUGACAUUUUUAAUAAUUUUUAUGUAUACAUCUGAAUGGAAAAGCUAAACAUGUUUACAGACCAAAGUGUGAUUUCACACUGUUUUAAAAUCUAGUAUUAUUCAUUGUACUUCAAUCAAAAAUUGUUUCAGGAUUUUUCCAUUGAUUAGAAUACCUUCAUCAUAUUCACAUUCUUUGAACCUGUAAUUUGCAAUAUCAUGGUCUUUAGUUUCUUAUUCUCUUAGUAUAGUAUUUUUUUUAAAUAUAAAAGCUACCAGUCUUUGUACACGUUGUAAAUGUUCAAAAUUGUUUUAUAUCUGUUAAAUAAAAUUUAUUUCCAAGAA